AUGACGGUGCCUCGGUUGGCUGGAUUCGCAGUAACUGGGUACAUGCCCUCGGGCGAGUCCCGGCAGAUGGCUUUGGACCCGCCCUUCCCGGCCAAAGACCGUUUUGACUUCAAGUGCUACCUAGACAAUGCUAUGGCUGACUUUGACCUCCUUGUGCAGCCCGAGCUUUAUGCGGUGCUCUCUGAGCUGUGGGAGGAUGGAAAGGAAGUGACAAGCCGCUCUCAUCUUCGCAGAGUUGCAGUCGCUGAAGGGCAGGAGAAGGUGUUUUCCAUCAGCCUCUCAAGCAUGCAUAGCAGAGAGGUGUCCAAGUACACGCUGCAGGUUCUGCGUCGACUUGGUUUCUCGACGUCGCUGCAGAAGCUUACUCUCACGACAGGAUCCCUGAAAGAGCGCUUCCACGAGCAAACUGCAAUUAGCGUUUUUCACGCAUCCCAGAACUUCACAGAUGACUUCGCGCACAUUGAAUGCACGAAGCAAGACAGCGGCCAAAACGUGUCCUGUGACUUGGAAGCUGGAGAAACAUACGGAGAUUCAAGCCCCUCUGAAGCAGAGUUGACACUGUUUCCUGAGCUGUACACGCCUUCCUUAGAAAAGAACUUCGGAAUGGUGGUCGACAGCACAGACCGAGUUGUUGGCUGUACAGCACCGAUCGAUUCCUGGCGACAAGUGACCAUAAAGAUCGGCAUUACAUCUGCUGACAGAACACAGACCCGGGACAUACGACUCGUUAUCAAACGCUCAGGCUGUGAAGUUGGCACGUUUUUCCACGAUGGAAGGUGCGCUCUGCACUGUCCAACCUUCUUCUACGAGCAAGCAUUCAAUCGACGAUGUGGAGCUUGUGGAGAAAGUUGUGAGCUUUGUGAGCACUACGCGAAGUGCACACGUUGCCAGCUGGACACCCGUUGGCGCAAAUACAAACGCAAAGGCGGCAGCUGUGUGGCGGUGCCAGUACAUGUGAACAGGAUCUACUAUUUUGCGACCUGGUACUUAGGCCUAAGCUGCGUUCUUCUGCUGGCGUUGUACAUCACGGUCUGCGUAGCUCGCUGCCUCCUUGUCGCGGGGUAUGACAAGGACAACGACAAGCUGACAGAUGAUGAGACAAUGCCCCUUACCUUGCGAGAAGUCCAUGGUGCUGUGGGCUGA